AUGCCUCGCUUCCAGAGCCGACGAGAGCUCCUUGAGAUUGAGGUCAUGAACCGGCUUCUACGAGAGCCAUACUGGCAGCCCUUCAUGAGAGAGGAGGUAAACGCCGCCAACAAAUUCAGAGCUACGCGGGCCUACAAGGAACACCGAGAAGCAUACGACAAGAAGAACAGCACACCCGCUGCCUCUACGUCUAAGCCUGGUGAGACUACGCCAGCUCAGCAUGAAGCUGGUGACGGAAAGGAACUCCCCGCUGCGCUGAAGACACCGCCCGCUGCCUCCACGUCCAAGCCUGGUGAGACUCCGCCAGCUCAGCAUAAAGCCGGCGACGGACAGGAACCCCCAGCAGAAUUCGAUGCAAGAAAGUCGCCGAUCACCACCACCGCGACCAUCACCACCGCAGCGCCCAUGUCAACUGCAGCCAACAUCUCACCCGCAGCGCCCAUACCAACGGCAGCUAAUAUCUCAACCGCAGCGCCUACUCUUACAGCAGCAUUGAAUGCCACAGCAGCAUUAACUGCCACCGCCAUCCCCAUCACAGCCGCCAUCCCCAUCACAACCGCGACGCCCAUCACAUCCGCGACGCCCACUCCCACAGCAGCAUCUACUGCCACUGCCACCCCAUUGGAACACCCAGCAUACAGGACGACUGGUCUCCUCCUCCGGACAACGACGACCACGAAGAUUAUGGCGUCGCCAUUCCGUUCAUCGGACAUUGAGGCAAUGCAGCUUACCAAGGCAAAAGAUUUGGACCGCGCAUCCGAUUACAUCCUGAAGCUGACCCUCCGAAUGGACACGUGCCCACGGGUGGGGAUGCUCCGUGACGUCGUUCACAUGGCUGUGCAGCAAUAUCAAGAGUCCGACGGUGCCAUACCGCUGCGUCUUCUUCCGCUCGGACCGUGGCCAAUCAGCCUCGCCUCUAUGCUCGAGGUGUGA